UUCGUUUAUAGGUUAAACGGCCCAUUUUUGUAACUAAAUUCGUUCUCCUUUUUCCAUUGAGUCGCGAUUUCUGCCAAGAUGCUUACCUUGAACCAGAAAUCGCUUUGGGUUGCUCUGUGCGCCUUUUUCAUGCUUUUCUCUUCGGCGCUUGGUGCUUUGGUUGCACCUGUCGGAAAUGUUGAGAAUUUUGAAGGUAUACAAUUAAAGUAUGCUGACAAUAGCGUAACUACUCGCGUUCCUGAAUUUAAACGGGAAAAGCGUGCCGAUGGUCCUAAGCCAUCGUAUUCUACUACUGUAGACGAUGUAGUCAUUGUUACCGACAAAUACUGGACUGUAAUUUCAGGUGUCAAUACACCUGUCCCUUAUCCCUACACUUUUUCAGAGGCUCAUCCAUCUUCCACAAUAACUACAGCUCCUUCGGGGUCUAUCGGUUAUGGAUCAAGAAGGGAUAAAGGCCGCCAGUUGAUGGAAGGUAGCUCAUCCACCCGUAUCUCCUUCCCUCACAUUACCUUUGCUUUAGUAGCUGUUGCUAGUUUGGUUGCUUUAUUCUUGUAAAAAGUAUCAGGAACGAUUUUUCAGUGCAUCUAUUCAAAUGGCUCGCAUAUUUAUCAUCGUUUAGAUGACUUAAUCGUUCUUUACCUACCAACUGUCUUUUGAUUUGCUUUUUCGAUGUGAAAUUGGAAAACGAACUUUAUUGAUUACCAAGUCUUCUUUUUCUUUCUUUUAUAAUGUUCCAGAACGGUUUCUGAAAUUCUAUUCUAUUCUAUUCUAUUCUAUUCUAUUUUAUUUUAUUUUUUUGUUACACUCUUUUUUCGAAGGAUAAUAUGCCUUUCUUUUUUUUCAUCUGUGCCCCAUAUAUGCUCCUUAUUAUCAUGUAUUUUCUUUUUAUAUUACUUCUAUUAUCCUUGACAUCUUUGUCUCAUGUGAAGACUUAAUCUCUUGUUACAAAUUUAUCAAUGCUUUUUUAUUAAAGCUGUAUGAAGUUCAAGGCAGACCUGAUAGGUAGGUAUUCAGUGUUCUUUUCCCCCAAACAAUAAAGAAAGUGAUUGUGAUUGAAUGACAUUACAAAAAGCGAAACGAAGUAGAUUUUGUAGGACAUUCCCAUUUUUCUAUUCAUUUUUCACUUCACAAAGCAGCAAAGAGAGACACAAAGACUAUAAAUAAAAACAAGCUGGUUGAAUCAUC